AUGAAGAAAUUAGGUUGCAAUUACCUUACUACACAAAACGGACAAGAGGCCCUUGAUUGCUUCAGAGAACAUACAGCAGAUAUUGCUAUCAUCUUAAUAGAUAUUUCGAUACCAGUCAUAGAUGGUCUGGAGUCUACUCGGCAAAUCCGCGCGUUGGAAAAUACCAUGGAAACAAAAGAGUCCACACUCAUCUACUGUCUUACUGGCGUCGCGCAAGCCGAAAUCGAACACGAAGCAAUGGCGUCUGGUAUGGAUAUGUUCCUUACCAAACCUGUACACUUGGAUAAACUGCUGCCCCUGAUCGAAGGCAAAGUACCAAUCUCGCACCCAAAGAAGAAGCAAUAUAAACCUUGA